AUGGAAUAUCCUUCUAAUACAGAAUGCAAUUCUCAUUCUAGCAUACUUCCUAAGCAUUACCAGCACAUUCUGGCCUUGGUAUUUGCAAUAGAAGAGAUCAAUGAAAACCUGCAGAUUUUACCCAAUGCCACUUUGGGCUUCCACAUCUAUGACAGCUAUUUCAAUGCAAAAUGGACCUAUCAUGCCACAAUGUUACUUAUGUCCACACUGGAGAUAUUUCCCCCUAACUACAUAUGUGGUAUCCAGAAUAAUCUCAUAGCAGUCAUUGGGGGAUUGGACUCUGAAAUCUCACAUCAUGUGACAAAUUAUUAUCAGAGAGGAGACUUCAUCAUUGGUGGCAUUGCUUCUCACAGCUUCAUCAUCUCCAGUUCAGUAGCCUUCACCAAAGAACCACCACCAGCAUUGUCUGAAGAACUAAAUGUGGUGCCUAAGCAUUACCAGCACAUCCUGGCUUUGGCAUUUGCAGUAAAGGAGAUAAAUGAAAACCCUCAGAUUUUACCUAAUGUCACUUUGGGCUUCCACAUCUAUGACAGCUAUUUCAAUGCCAAAUGGACCUACUAUGCUACAAUGCUUUUUAUAUCUACACUGGAGAGGUUUGUCCCGAACUAUUCAUGUGGCACCAAGAAAACUCCGAUAGCAGUCAUUGGGGGACUGGACUCCCAGACUUCCCUUCAUGUGUCAACAGUCUUGGAUACUUAUAAGAUUCCACAGCUCAUAUAUGGCCCUGCUCCACUGAUGAAGGAUAAAACCCCAGGACUUCCCUUCUACCAGAUGGUCCCUAAGGAAGACCUUCAGUAUCAGGGUAUUCUCUCUUUGCUUCUGUAUUUUGAGUGGACAUGGAUUGGGGUUGUUGUUAUGGAUACUGACAACGGAGAACAAUUUGUGCAAAGUGUAGUUCCACUGUUUUCCCAGAGUGGUAUCUGUUUGGCCUUCAUAGAAAGAAUCCGCACACUAACUUUUGUCACUGAAAUUAUAGAUAUGAUGGUACAGGGGGCAAAAAUACAUGAUAAAAUCAUGGGCAGCAAAGCCAAUGUAAUAGUGACCUAUGGAGAAUCUUAUUCUUUGGCGCUUUUUAGAUGGUUUCCUUAUUUAUCAGAAUUAGAACAUGUGGUAAAGAAACCAAAAUUGUGGAUAGCAACAUCUCAGGUGGAGCUUGCUUCAUUUGUCUAUCAAAGGACUUGGGAUACAGAACUAAUCCAUGGUGCUUUGGCAUUCACAAUUCACUCCAAUGGCCUGCCAGGAUUUUUUAAGUUUGUUGAGGAUAGAAAUCCUUCCAGCACAACAGAUGAUGGAUUUAUCAAAGACUUUUGGCAACAAGCUUUUGGGUGUGUAUUCCCUACAGAUGUUCACAAGGUAGAGGGUGAUAUUUGCACAGGGAAAGAGAAGUUGGAGUGCCUUUCUGGACCUUUUUUUGAAAUGAGCAUGACUGGCCACAGCUACAGCAUCUACAAUGCAGUCUAUGCUACAGCCCAUGCUUUACAUGCCAUGUUUACAUCUAGGGUCAAACAUGGAGCAAUAGUGGACUCAGGAAGAAUGAAGCUUCAGAAUCAACAGUAUUGGCAGCUCCAUCACUUUCUCAGUAGUGUCUCAUUUAACAACAGUGCUGGAGACAAGGUUUCCUUUGACAAGAAUGGAGAGUUAACAGUUGGGUUUGAUGUUAUCAACUGGAUCAUUUCCUCCAACCAAACUUUUCAUAGAGUGAGAGUUGGGAUGAUGGCUCCCCUGACUCCUCAAGAGCAAGCAUUCACCAUCAAUGAAGAGGCAGUAACGUGGCCCAGGUGGUUUAACCAGGCCCAGCCUCUCUCUCUAUGUAGUGAGAAUUGCCAUCCUGGUUUUAGCAAAAAAGUGAAGGAAGGGAAGCCGUUUCGCUGCUAUGAUUGCAUCCCCUGUCCCAAAGGGAAGAUUUCAGACCAGAAAGAUAUGAACGACUGUCUUGACUGCACAGAUGAAAACUAUCCAAGCAAAUAUCAGGAUCUAUGUAUUCCCAAGGAUGUAAGCUUCUUGUCAUAUGAAGAACCUUUGGGGAUCAGUUUAGCAUCAUUUGCUCUUUCCUUUUCCUUCACUACAGCUCUGGUGCUUGGAACAUUUUUGAAGCAUCACAACACUCCCAUCAUCAGAGCAAACAAUCGGAACCUCACCUACACUCUCCUCAUCUCCAUUUUGCUUUGCUUUCUUUCUGCAUUGCUAUUCAUUGGCCAGCCUCUGAAGAUGACGUGUCUCCUCCGACAAACUGCUUUUAGCAUCAUCUUCUCAGUGGCUGUUUCUUGUAUCCUGGCAAAAACCAUCACUGUUGUUCUAGCUUUCAUGGCCACCAAACCAGGAACCAGGAUAAGGAAGUGGGUGGGGAAAACAUUGGCCACUUCCAUUGUUCUUUCCUGCUCCCUAAUCCAAGCCAUUAUUUGUUCUGUAUGGCUGGCAACCUCUCCCCCAUUCCCCGAUGUUGACUUGAAUUCAAUGCCCCACGUAAUUGUACUGGAAUGUAAUGAGGGGUCUGUGGCAAUGUUUUACUGUGUCUUGGCCUACAUGGGCUUCCUAGCCAUUAUCAGUUUCACAGUUGCUUUCCUUGCUAGGAAGUUACCAGACAGUUUCAAUGAAGCCAAGUUUAUCACUUUCAGCAUGCUAGUAUUUUGUAGCCUUUGGUUAUCCUUUGUUCCAGCCUAUCUGAGCACUAAGGGUAAAUAUAUGGUUGCUGUGGAGAUCUUUUCCAUCUUGGCUUCCAAUGGUGGGUUGCUGGCUUUCAUAUUUGCUCCCAAGUGUUACAUAAUUGUGCUGAAGCCUGAGCUGAACAGUAGGAAACAGCUGAUAAGAAGAAAGAACUGA